UGGUGAUGCACAGAGUUUCGAGGAAACUUUUACAAGGUGACUUUUUUUCCUUCCUAUUCUCCCAGCAUUAGGUCAGAAGUGUAGCGAAGUAACAGAUGCUCAUGUGACUGCUCCGGGGCCGGACUCUUUUCAAUAUUUUGAAUAUUUAAUAUUUAUUCCGUUUAGCUACAAGUGAAUUCACAGAUUUGAAGUUUGAUCGUUGACUUUGAUGGCUGUACCGUCUUUGAUUGUGUUCUUUAACGUUAGACGGAAGUGCGACUUUCUAGGCUGUGUGCGGAUUUAAUUUGACCAUCUGUACUUUUAACGGCUGCCUGAAAACAAGUAGAUGUUUUUUUUUUGCGGCGUUAACCUUUAGCUAAGGCAGCAUUUUUUAUUAAUAGCGAGCUCAGUAUGAUUUAGACCGUUUUAUGGUUGUAUUUGUUACAGCAUCUGGCAAGUUAUAGGCGCAAGAAGUGGCGCAAGAGGACAAGUCGAUCUGGUUCAGUCACCAGAAUUUUCUCCGCGUAUUUCGUAUGUCGAGAAACAAUCCUCACGUCACUAAACGUCUAGCAGAGCGGGUGACUUUCCUGUAGUUCUAAUGAAUAAAACAACACACAAUUAUUCUGCAGGACAAUCCGCAGACUUGACAGUUCAACACCGUUUUCUGAACUUGAACCGACUUGUGCUGGCCUGCUCGCUGGUUCACAGACGAAGUUACGCAGCAGCAACUAAACCACUCCUUGGAAAUAAAAUCUCACGAAAUCAUGCCGUCUCCGUGUAGCCGAAUGCUACUUGAGAUAACUAGAUAUGUGUGUAGCACGAGGCGAGUGAAUGUUAAUGUGCUAAAUGAGAUGAGUGAGUUCUACUUCGGGGGAACAGGAAAGCUCUCUGUAACGUUUCUGGCAACUUAAUCUGAGCAGCCAGGACGGAAUGUGCUCAACGUCAAACACGUUUACAACCUCCAGGCUGCAGGCUGCCAGCGCUGUACUCUGCCCCGUUACACGCUGUGGAGCUGCACGAGGGGGAACAAAAAGCAUGCAACCUACAGCUACAUCAUGUAUCCUUAGAAAUGCGAUGUAGGAUUGUGUUUGCGAUACAUGUCCUGUUCACUGUACAUUUACUGUCUGAACGUUGCGGAGAUUUGUUGUCGCCUCGACAGAUAUCACGAUUUUCAAAAGUACCACGUUGAAAUAUCAUAAUAUGUCAUAAUAACACCGUCAUAACGGCCAAGUGAGAAGCAAGGCAUAGCUGAGAGGGUUUAGUGAAACUCCUUUUUGACUUUUCUGUUUGCAAUGGCGCCGCUCAUUGAUGAAACACUGUCAAGACACUUGUCAGGUUCAAUGUUUUGAUCCCUGACGGCAGGUGGCUUGUGGUAGAGAAGGAUGAGUCAGAGGUGAUCAAAUGAGUGUUUAUUAUCUUAUAAGUCUUCAUUGAUCUACAAUUUACUCAUUAUAAAUCAUUACAAGUCCAACUGUUUGUCUUACAGUGUGAUUUUGUUCGAAAUUCAAUUUUUAAUGCCGCCAUUGUUUAUGUAGUGCACAUAUUAUUAUUGAGUAGUGAAGCAAUAUUUUUUUCUGAAAACUGCUUUUGCUCAUAUUGGUGCCAAUACAUUUCCCCCAGCCUGCAGUAUGUCACUCCUGACUAUCUCUUUGUUGCUUUUAGAGUCACCAAUAAUGAUCAAGGUAUUUGUUAUUUAUUGCUCUUGCUCAGAUUGCGACAGCAUGGCCACGACUGCAGAUGGCUGCAUUCAAUUCACACGCCAUGCAGGCGACGUCCUGCUCAACUUCAACCGCCUCCGCAGCAGGAACAUCCUGACUGAUGUCACCAUACAGGUGGACGGACAGCAAUUUCAUGCUCACAAAGCCAUCUUGGUGGCCUGCAGUGGUUUCUUUUAUUCUGUGUUCAUGGACCCCAAGAAUGCAAACCUUAGUGCCAUCAGCUUAGACCCCAAAGUGGACCCCAAGGGUUUCUCCAUCCUGCUGGACUUCAUGUACACAUCCUGUCUGGAUCUUAAGGACUGUCUGGUCCUGGCCACCAUGAACACAGCCAUCUACCUCCAGAUGGAACAUGUAGCCGACACCUGUCACAGGUUCAUCAAGUCCAGGAAUCAGAUUGAAGAGGGACAGAUCAACUCCUCACAUCUGGCUGAGGAGAUCCCUGCUUUGAUGCCUGUUGAUAAGAAAGAGCCAGACUAUAGAAACAACCACAUUUUAACAUCAGACCCUCUCCAGGAGUGCAGAGGCGUCAUCCCUAAUGUUUUCAGGGGGAUCAACACCUCUGGUUCCUAUCACGUCUACGGGGACCUUCCCGUCCCUGCUGGGACGCUGGAAGGUAACCAUAAGGUCAGCGACCUUCCCAGAGGAGGGGCGUUGUCCCAGAAACAAUGCUUGCAGGUGCCCAGUGCCAACAUGGCUCACAACGAGUCCACCACCACCUCCCACACUAGUUUCCCCACCCCUAUCAUCCGACCUGCAGGAGCCCACGGGAGCCUUCAAAGGCCCGUCUCUCCCGUGGAGGAAGACGGCAUUCAGCAUCCCCAAACCAGCUGCCUAAGAUUGUCUCCAGGUUUUAGCAAAGGUGUGAUUUGCAGCCCUCUAAGCCCCCUCAGAUCUGACUGCCAGCCCAACUCGCCCACUGAGUCCAACAGCAGCAGAAACGCCACGCUGAGCCUCAGACAGACCCCAGACUGCCCCAAAGACGCCAAGGUCCGCAACUGGAAGAAGUAUAAGUUGAUCGUUAUGAACCGAUCUCCUGAUGAGAACGAAAAGGAGGCUCAGGGAGGCAGUGCUGAAGCUGUAGCCAUGUCCCCUACGCUGAGCCACUGUAGGAGCGGUGCAUCCGGUGGACACAAUGAGGUCCAGGCAGAAGACAGAGCCAGCAAUCACAGAGAGGAAAUCAUCAUGUCUCAGAGUGUGGACAGCUGCAGCAGCAGCACUUGUAGCAGCAUUAGCUACCGCAGAUGCUCCUCCUGUGGCUGUGACAGCCCCCAGUGCAUGGAACUGGGUCACCUUUCUCCUGACUCAUACAGCCGAGAUGACGCCACCAAACUGCACUCAGAGUAUUCCUCCUCCAGCUGUGAAAGCAGCAUCUACUUCUGCAACGGGUGUGACUCCAAGUUCACAGAAGAAGAUUCCCUGAAAGAACACAUGGCCCAGGUUCACAGUGACAAGCCAUACAAGUGUGACUGCUGCCAGGCGGCCUUCCGCUACAAGGGCAACCUGGCCAGCCACAAGACCGUUCACAGCGGUUCAAAGCCCUACCACUGCAACAUCUGCGGCGCUCAGUUCAACCGGCCAGCCAACCUCAAGACCCAUACCCGCAUCCACUCUGGAGAAAAGCCAUACAAGUGCGAGACAUGCGGUUCCAGAUUUGUCCAGGUGGCCCAUCUUCGCGCCCAUGUGUUAAUCCACACAGGAGAGAAGCCGUACCCCUGCGAGAUCUGUGGGACUCACUUCCGCCACCUUCAGACACUUAAGAGCCACAUGCGCAUUCAUACUGGAGAGAAGCCUUACCAUUGUGAGAAAUGUGACCUCCACUUCAGACACAAGAGUCAGCUGAGGCUUCAUCUGCGACAGAAGCACGGCGCGGUCACUAACACCAAGGCUCAGUACCGCAGGACUCCGAGCAACAUCAUCACAGGCCGAGUGAAGUCCUGCUGAGCCCGCUACAGUCCCCAUGUGUGUCAUUUUUGUUUUCCUUUUGCAUCGCCCGCCAUGUUGUUAAAUGUCUUUUAUU